GCUCGCGGAACGAGCCUCAAAGCGAAAGGCCAUUGGUGGAGAGCGCAGCCAAUGGGCGAGCCUGUUACUGGCCUGCGCAGGGAGCCGCGUCGGAGCAGCACUUCAGGCCUGGGAUCGCUGUGCGGCCUCCGGGGUCGGCACCAUGAGCUCCAUUGGGACCGGGUAUGACCUGUCAGCUUCUACGUUCUCUCCCGAUGGAAGAGUCUUUCAAGUUGAGUAUGCUAUGAAGGCCGUGGAAAACAGUAGUACAGCUAUUGGGAUCAGAUGUAAAGAUGGUGUUGUGUUCGGAGUAGAAAAAUUAGUCCUUUCUAAACUUUAUGAAGAAGGCUCCAAUAAACGACUUUUUAAUGUUGAUCGACAUGUUGGAAUGGCAGUCGCAGGUCUGCUGGCAGAUGCUCGUUCCUUAGCAGACAUAGCAAGAGAAGAGGCAUCCAACUUUAGAUCUAACUUUGGCUAUAACAUUCCUCUCAAACAUCUUGCAGACAGAGUGGCCAUGUACGUACACGCUUAUACACUCUACAGUGCUGUUAGACCUUUUGGCUGCAGUUUCAUGUUAGGGUCUUACAGUGUGAAUGACGGUCCACAACUCUAUAUGAUUGAUCCAUCGGGGGUUUCAUAUGGUUAUUGGGGCUGUGCCAUUGGCAAAGCCAGACAAGCUGCAAAGACAGAAAUAGAGAAGCUUCAGAUGAAAGAAAUGACUUGCCGUGAUGUAGUUAAAGAAGUUGCAAAAAUAAUUUAUAUAGUUCAUGAUGAGGUGAAGGACAAAGCUUUUGAACUGGAGCUCAGCUGGGUUGGUGAAUUGACGAAAGGAAGACAUGAAAUUGUUCCAAAAGAUAUAAGGGAGGAAGCAGAGAAGUAUGCCAAGGAGUCUUUGAAGGAAGAAGAUGAAUCAGAUGAUGACAAUAUGUAGCAUUUUCUUCACCAUCUCUUCUCUUUUACAUUUCUGUGGCAGUUUGAUAUGACUAGCACCAUAAAUCAUAUAUAUACUCAUUGACCAAUUUUCAUUAAAUUUUGUCUUAUAAACAUU